AUGAGUUAUGAAAGUUACGAACGUGAUGAAAUUGUUGUUGGACAAUCGAUUUCAUUUAUGAAUCUCAAAGCCGCCAUUUCAAUCGAGUUGGAGAUAGAUGAGAUUAGUCAUAUUGGAAUUGGAUAUUCACUAGUGCUCGACUGCCACACGUCCCACAUUGCUGUAAAGUUUGCUGAGAUCUUGAACAACAUUAACAAGUGUUUAGGUAAGGAACUCGAGAAGGAAGCGAAGUUCUUAAAGAAUGGUGAUGCUGGUAUGGUUAAGUUGAUUCCCACCAAGCCUAUGGUUGUUGAGACAUUUGCUGAGUACCCAACAUUGGGUCGUUUUACCGUAUGUGGACUAAGGAGCAAAACAAGGACACUAACAGGCAAAAAGGAACAAAACAAGUUGAAGAAGUGGAGAAAAGCAAUCUUGGUGAUUGCCAGGAUUGCCAAGACCACUCGGCAAACCGCCGAGUGGCUCUUUAGACAGCCUAAAGUUUCAGUGUGUCAGCCCUGA